CGAAUAUAUUCACUUGGAUUGGGUCAUUACCUUCAUCUAUUAUUCUUCUUCUGCUUCCAGUUUUUAUUUACCAAUUGAAUUGUAAAAUUCGCUUUCUCUCUCUCUCUCUCUCUCUCUCUCUCUCUCUUUAAUUUCAGAGACAAUGACAUCUUCGGUGAUUGAAGGUGGACACGAUGAGGGUAAACACGAGUCUUCGGAUUUGAUCAUUAAUCCAACGGCUGUAAACCUUUCAGUUCCUAGUGAAACAUUUUUGAAAGCCGCGAUUUCUCUCAAGGAUGAGGUGGUGGAGGUGAGUUGGAAUCGGCGAGAAGUGGUUGAUCCAACGGUUUAUACGGGUCUUCUUGGCACGGCUUUUACUUGCCUGAGAUCGUAUGAGGUGACCGGUUGCCAUAAGGACUUGCUGUUAUGUUCGGAGAUUGUUGACACAUGUGCCACUCUUGCACGUGCCUCCCUCAGACACGUGACAUUUUUGUGUGGUAGAGGAGGCGUAUAUGCACUUGGAGCUGUUGUUGCUAAUUACAUGGGGGACCUCAAUAAGCGUGACUUGUUUUUGGGUCUAUUCGUUGAGGUUGCAAAAGAGAGAGCCUUGCCUAUUGGACCCGAGGAAGGCGGUUUCGGAAUGUCAUACGAUCUUCUAUACGGACGAGCUGGAUUCUUAUGGGCCGCAUUGUUUGUAAACAAACACCUAGGAGAAGACACAGUGCCCAAAGAUAUUCUAAUGUCUAUUAUUGAUGCAGUAUUGGCUGGUGGUAGAGCAGGAGCUUCUGAUAUUAAAGACUGUCCAUUGAUGUAUAGAUGGCAUGGGACUAGGUACUUAGGUGCAGCAAAUGGUGUUGCUGGUAUUCUUCAUGUGCUCCUUCAUUUUCCACUUCCAAGUGAGGAUGCUGAAGAUGUUAAGGGAACUUUGAGAUAUUUGAUAAGUAAACGUUUCCCUCACAGUGGAAAUUACCCUUCAAGUGAAGGGAAUCCAAGAGAUAAGUUGGUGCAGUGGGGUCAUGGUGCAACUGGAAUGGCCAUUACAUUGUCUAAAGCAGCACAGGUUUUUCCAAGUGACAGAGAACUACGAGAUGCAGCAAUAGAAGCAGGGGAAGUUGUGUGGAAAAAUGGAUUGGUGAAGAAGGUAGGACUUGCUGAUGGUGUAUCCGGAAACGCCUACGCCUUCCUUUCCCUCUACAAACUAACCAAAGACGCUAUAUAUGUGGAGAGGGCAAAAUCAUUCUCUUGCUUCUUGUAUGAUAAUGCUAGAGUUCUUGCAGCUGAAGGGCAAGAUGUUAUGGGUGCCAAUGGUUACUCUCUCUUCCAUGGACUUGCUGGGACAGCAUGCCUCUGGUUUGAUUUGCUUGCACCUGCUAAUUCUAGGUUUCCAGGGUAUGAAUUAUAGAUGGUUUUAUAGAGAUAACUGUUAUUUUGUAAUGGGAAUAUAUUGUGUGAAUAUAUGGCAUGUUGGUCAUGGGGUCUGAUGGUAUUGAUUAAAUGAUGAUGUGUACUAAAAUAUUGGAUAAUAUAAGACUUGUUUUAUUACAUACAAAAUUACCUUGCCCUCUUGAUUAAAGUAG